AUGACGAAAGAGAGCAAUGAUAGUAACCAGCCCUUGAUUGAACCUGAAACUAAAGACAGGGAAGGAUCCGUGCCGGAAGCAAAUAAUGAAAAUCAAAAUAAAGAUAUAUUGUUAGCAUCCUUGAUUGAAAAAAAGCUUGAGCAGGCAUCUAAUCCAUUUUCAGUUGAUCGUUGCAUAUAUCGAAUCCCUGACUUGCUACGCAAGCAUAAUGAAAAAGCUUUUGUUCCGUUCUUGGUUUCAAUUGGGCCCUUUCACCGUGGAAAGGAAAACCUUAAAACUAUGGAAGAAGUUAAGCGAAGUUACUCGCGUUGCCUCCUUGACCUUGACCGAAAACCUCCUCCAGAGCCCAAUCUGGAGUAUCUUGUCACAGCCAUCAGAACUAUUGAGCAAGCUUGUCGCAAUUGUUAUCCAGAAAAUAUUGGUAUGACUACUGACGAAUUUAUCAAAAUGAUGGUGAUUGAUGGUUGCUUUAUUCUUGAAUUCUGCAACAGAUUCGCAAGAUAUGCUGGUGUGGUUUCUGCAGACAGCGAAGAUCGUCUAUUUUCUACAUCAUGGAUGCGUUGGGCAGUUUUGAAUGACUUGGUUCUACUGGAAAAUCAAAUUCCUUGGAUAGCUCUUGAAUGUUUAUUUUCCCGCACAAGCAAAUUAGAAAAGCCUGACUUAUCUGAGCUUAUUCAAAAUACAUUCAAUGCAUACACCAGGGGACUGCCCCCAAAGCCUAGUGAUGAAAAUUUGAAAUAUAGGCAUGUACUUGACUUCAUAAGAAACUCUUUACUUGGAUCAUACGGGAGAAGCCAGUCAAACGCAAGCUCAGAAGAAUCCCACAUGAUACCCUCUGUAACAGAGCUUCGUCUUGCUGGAGUCAAAUUUAGAUACCGAAAUGGAGGUGAUAAAAUGCUUAAAAUAACUUUCAAAAAUGGAGUGAUGAAAAUUCCAUCAAUUUCAGUGCUCGAGGAGAACAAAGAAUCUCUGUUGGGAAACCUCAUUGCCUAUGAACAAUGUCAGCAUGGCUUAGGAUAUCAAAUUACCUCUUAUGUUUUGCUCUUGGAUAACCUUCUCAAAUCUAGAAAAGAUGUAGAGUUUCUGGCUGAGAAAAAAAUCUUAGAAAAGGUUUGGAGCAGUAAGGAGGUGGCCGGUUUCUUCAGUAGGGUUUACAUUAACACUAGACUCUACAAAUACUCUUACCCAGAAGUCCAGGAGGAGGUGAACGCAUAUCUUGCCAGUCCCUGGCACAAAUGGAAAAUGAUUCUUAGACGGGAUUAUCUCAAGAAUCCUUGCUCUAGCUCGUAA